GUGGGUUCAUGAGUCACUCAGCUGAGGCCCCAACCCAUGAAGACCUCUACCAGGUUACUACUCUGGUUAGUUCUAAUUCUCACUCACCACGGAGACUGCGCACAAGCUUUCACAAUAUCCUGUUUCCAGAUUCGUCCUACCAUUAAAAACCUGAAAACAUUGGACCACACAAGUUCUUACUGAUUUCAGGGAAGAACAACCAUUGAAGAUGUCCAGCAAAACAGCAAGCACCAACAACAUAGCCCAGGCGAGGAGAACCGUGCAGCAGCUGAGACUAGAAGCUUCCAUUGAAAGGAUAAAGGUCUCAAAGGCCUCUGCAGACCUCAUGUCCUACUGUGAGGAGCACGCCAGGAGUGACCCUUUGCUGACAGGCAUACCGACUUCAGAAAACCCUUUUAAGGAUAAGAAAACCUGCAUCAUCUUAUAGUGGAAGAAUGGAACCGUUCCUCGCCUCUUCCCAACAAAGCAAAUCCUGAGCGGCUCCUUGAAGAGAUUUGCCUCCAGCUUAUUUGGUAACCACUGCUAAUAACUAAAAUGCUCUUCUCUUGGAAUAAUGGACUCUAAAGUCUUUAUUUUCCAAGUUGCCCUUUCUUUAAAAUACCCUUUACUGAUUUAAUACAGAAUAACAAUCUUUGUUUUCCAUUUGAUAACUAUGGUAUUUCUUUGGGUUAUUGUUUAAGGAGAGUUGGCCUGGGCCUUCUUAAAAACACAAUUAUAUAUUUCAUGUAUUCAGUUGAUUCAGAUAUGUUAAGACUUAAAAUGUCUAAGCACCUGUCAAAUUAAAAUGCCAAGAAUAACUUCAGUCCUGAAACCUUUAUAUCAUAUUCUGCUCUUAAUAAGGUUUGUGCCAACCUGUAUAGUGUACAAGGGAAAGGGGUGUAUUUUGUAUAUGUAUAUCUUCGUAUGUACACAUAUCAAAGCUUAUUUCCUCAUCAAAGCUCCCCUCUCCAUGUAACAGCAGUUCCUCAACUCCAGAAGUUGUAUUUAUCUUGAGCUGUGUAGGUAGAAUAAAAAUUCUUUUCAUAUAGUUAUUGUGCAAAAAAUAAAGAAAAAGCAUCCUAAAGAUUGUAUUCAUUGUGAUCAGGUGAUAUGUCAUCUCUCCUCUCUUGAAACUUGCUGGACCUCUUAGGUGAUGAUGAACCAUGCCAAUUAAAAACUGAAACUGAACUGAAAGCUCUUUGAUAAGGUAUUAAUUCAUAGGGACCCUUUUGGGCUUCGGCCAUCUUGAGUCUAGAAAAGGGGAGGGGACCCUUGGAGGAGGACUGUAGCAGCUGUGCUUUCCUGGGGAAGACACCUCUGAAAUUUCUGCCCCGGUGAUUAAAAUAAGAGAGUGAUCAGUGAGCCUGACCAGGGGGAGCAGAAACAUGUAAAAACCAACUGCUCUUCUCAGGCCAGCUUUGCAAUUUGUCCCCCUCUUCCUCUCCAUUAGCCUCCCCUGUAUUCUCCCUCUGCUGCUAGAGUAUUUUCAGAGGUGACAUUCCCCUCCCCAGACCCAGAAAGAUGAGACUUGGUGGGAAAGAAAUAGACUUAAAACAUUAAGGUGUCAGGACUCAUGCUCUCCUCAGAUGUCUGCAGUUUCAACCCUGCCUGUCCACAGACCCUCCAAGGGAAACUGCAAGCUUCCCAGGAGGGGCUUGGACUCAGCGGUACACUCCUUGGACCAUAGGGUCCCAGCUGCUGGACAUGGAGUUUCUCAGCCUUCCUCUGAGAAGAUAGGACAUAUGUCCUCAAGAUGUCCAUGGGGAAGCCAAAGGCAUGCAUCUCCUGGCCAAAGGGGCAUCAUGACUUUAUCAGAGAGGAAGGAAGGCUCCUUUUUAAUUAGGGGAUACUAAUACUGAGGAUAUGACACUUUAGUCCACUUUCAGCUCAUUAAAAAGAACUACUAAUAAAGGGUUAAAAACUUAAUCACAGAGGAUUCAACCCUGAGAAAGAAUUAUUUACGAUGAUUUCCUUACUUAUGUACAAUCUGCCCUGAAAAGCAUAGCCUUUUAAAAUCCAAUGCUCUGGGCUUGAACAUCAUGCUCAUUGGUGGUGGGUGAGCAAAUACAGUCCUGUUACUCAGCACUGUGAACUGACCCUGUGAAAGUCACGGCACUGCCCUCAACCUUUUGUCACCUACUGCUUGGUUCUGUGAAAUACUCAGUCCCAAGUAAAUUACAGGCACCUGCAUAGGAGAGAAAGCUUUUGCCUUUCAAAAGGUGAAAUUGGAAAUGUACACUAAGACAACAACUUCACAUCUUAUGCUUCACUUAAUGAGACAUUCUUUUUUUUAUAAGUAUAUUUUUCUACGGAUAGUUUCAGAACACUGAGUUUAUUUUCACUCUAAUUUUUAACAUGUUUCUUUAAAUAUUUAUAACACAGCUUACUACAGAAUCUUUUCAUGAAAUCACUCUUAUUAUACCAUUUUGUGCACAUUAUUAGCAGCCAGCAUAGUUUAUUCUUUAGCAUUAAAACAGUCUUUUGCCUAACGGUAAACAAGCAUGUUUUGCUAUAUAUUUGUUAAUUUGUUUGUUAUAGUAAGAAAUGGGCUUGAGUUCCCAGGAGAUUUCAUUUUAUUUUUACCAGUCAGAUAGAAUAAAGGCUAUGAGUAUAAAUGUCAUGUAAUUUCCUAAACAGGUGUAGGGCAUGCUCAUAAAAAAGAAAAUGGAAUCAAAUUGUCCUUUGAUGCUGACACAAGAGGGGGGGAAAUUGUAACCACAUGUUGAUUUACUUAUAACUAGAUAACUAUGUGAGGAAAAUAUAAUAUAUGUAUACAUAUAUAUGAUAUGCAGAAGUCACUUUUAUUUAUCGGGUCUGUUCUACUUGUGAAGCCACAGUUAAACCGUCUCCAGCAGUUGGUUUGUGAUAAUGGUAGAUGCCAAUGUGUGUUAUUUUUUUCUGCUACCACUGUAAUGACACACUUAAAUAUAUACAGGCAGCUUCUUGGCUUCAUUCCCAUUGAACUAUUUAAAUACACUCAAUAUACUUUGUCUGUAAUGCUGCUUCUGUGAACAGUGAUCUUGUUCCUUUUUCAUUCCUAUAUUUUCAUUAGUUCAUCAUAAAUCUGUCCAGUUGAGGUCUCAUCACCAUGGCAAGAUAGGCUAGGCCAAACAUAAGAUUCCAAAAUAUUUUACAAAAACACUUUUUUUUUUUUAAUAGAGAAAUACUUUCUAUAUAAGGUGGUUCACAAUUUAUGGGUUGUGACUAAAUACUUUUUUCCUUUUCUAAGAAAAAUUUCAGGUUUUUAAAUUCCUUACCUUAUUAAAGUGAAAAGUACCUUACUUUUUAAAGGAAAGGCCUGCUUUUUGCAGGCUCCAUGUUUGGACUAUGUGUCUAUUUUACUAAUCUUUAAACUAUCAGGAAAAAAAAACAAACAACUUUGUACCAACAAUUCGGUAAUUUUGAGGCAAUUUUCAUAGUGGAAGAAGUGCCAAUUUUCUCUUCAGAUGCUGACUUUUCAACCAAUUUAUAACUAAGAUAGUACCCUCUGAUUCCUCUGAAUUUUUAUUUAAGAUAUAUACAGGCCCAAGAAGUAAAUAACAACCAUACAUGUCAGGCGUUUCUUGGUGAAAUGAACGUAAUACCAGAGUAUAGUAUGAAUUGUACUGAUCUAUUUAUUUCAUGAUAAUAGAUCAAUAGGAAAAGAUACCUUAAAUCAAAUAGAGUUAUCUAAGUGUAUCAAAAUAGAGCACUGACCUAAAGUCGGGGCCUGUAUUUUAGCCCUCAGUCAUUUUCUAGCCUAUCCUGUUAUCAUCUUACUUUGGACAAGGCAGUUCAUCUCUCUGGGCCUCCAUUUUCCCAUUUGUAAAACAAGGGGCUGGCAGCAGACAACCCCUGAGAUCCCUUCCUGUCCCAGAUGCCUUGGUUCAACACCACUGCCCCUCUGCUGGUCCUGCCAAUGUGUUGGUGCUACACGCUACUUCAAAUAGAAACUGGGUUUGUCUAUAACGUGUGCUCCCUUGAUAGCUUAUGAAAGGCCUUUUUGUUAUACAGUGCUUUUCCCCCUAGUUUUACUGUAAUGAUGUUUCUAGCUAUUUUCUUGAUGUCUCAGUAAAUUUGCAUUUGAUAUAUUGUUGGUGAGAUUGUGUUGUUUUGUAACGUUCUUUGGCUACUCAUCUGUCCAGCAUCUUAUUAACCUUAACACUGUGAUCAUUGUUUAAAAUAUGUUCUGUGGAAAGAAUAAAAGCAUUUACUUCACAGCUAGCAUGUUCACAGAUUUGAAAGAAAGUUCAUUAAAAAGCACUGUUGCUUUCUUUACUGAGUCAGUGCCUCGCAUCGUUUUGCUGGUGUUUGCUCAAUAUUAAUAAAAGACCUUUUCUCUUCA